AUGUUACCUGUCGCAGUUCACCGUCAAUCUUUCCCCAAGCCUGGGGAACCGCAUGUAUAUCUGAGCUCUGAUGUAUUUAGACGGGGAGUAGAUCCAUUCCCUAUUCACCGACAGUCUUUCGAGGAAGUGUUACCCAGCCUCACGGAGUGUCUCGAAAAGCAGGCGCUAUCUCGUCGCCAACGACUUGUAAAUGUUAACUCACUUUCCGUUGGCUCCCCUGAAGAACCCAUAUCCUUGGACCUACGCAAUGUGAUGAUUCCAGAUGCCUCUCAGCGUCAGUCCCCCCAAUCUUGUGGUCAAAAUGAUCUUGAUAUCCCGAUACAAUCCCAAACUCUGGCUUCCCCUGGAUCACAGGCCUGCGACCUAUCAUUGAGAUCACGCUCUCCAUUCCCUCGAGGAAAUCCUGAUAACCUCACCUCUCCAGCCCGGCUACUUGAAUCACCAGAAUCUCACGUUCCAGUUGUACCAACUGAAUAUCGGCUCAUUCCUGGUGUACCGUCGUCUACGUCAGCCAGCAAUUCAACUCUCAACCAUCCUCAGAGCAAUGCCUCCCAACACAGAGUCCGUCGCCUGGAGCAUAAAAUUCGUGGACUCGAUCAAAUGAUGCAUUGGUUUGAUUCCCGCGGCUGUGAGCCUCUUCUUGCUCCCCCACCUUGCGAGUCACUUGAGUGCGGGGACCUCUACAUUCAUCAGUCACUUUCCACAUCGAAUACUCGUCAGAUAUGGAUAUGGAGUGCUCAGGAGAGCUGGGAGGAUGCUCAAGAACACCAGGCUCAUCCUCUCCUCCCAAUGCAUCGCCUCUGGUUCGGCGCAACCGGAGAACCUCGCUGGGUCACUCAAAAAACAAUAAGCACGUACAAGGGACGCCUUAAAGUUUCAGCGUCCAAGACCUUACCUGCGAUGGAGGUGUAG